AGAGCAGGGAACGACGUCAAAGGUUUUCUCAUUAUUCUUCAUCUCACCGCAUCAUUGUAAUUUCUUCGCUUUGUUCGUUGAUUUCAAUAUACAUAGCUAACCACUGAUCGUGUUAUUCAGUACGUUGUUGGAUCUAUAUAUAUUUGUUCCGCUGUUCGAGAGAUUGCGUCCAUAAAAGUUAUAUUUUUUUCUUCAAAUCUGGUGUUUGGGUAUGAGAGACCUUUCUGACAGGUUUCAAUCAGAUCAUUGACACCCAUCCCAAAUCUGGAUAUCAAUUGACAAAAAAAAAUUAAUUAGCACAUGCAUAUAAUGUAAAUUCUAUUACGACACCUAGAAAUCAUGGUAUGUUCUUAUAUAUACGCAUUCAAAAGAUGAAUCCAAUCAUAUAGAAGAAGUGAUAUAUACAUCAAUUAAAGUCAAGAUGGCGUGCAUGAAGAAAAGUGGUGAGCUUGAAAUUGGGGACAAAAUGGGAAAAAGCAACGAGCAAUAUUUGCUGGAUACGGAAGCGGAAACAGACGAUGAUGAAUCAAAUAAGGGAAAGGAAAUGGAUUCGGUAGAGAUGAUGUUUAAGGACACAGCGAUUCCACCGUGGAAGGAGCAGUUGACGUUAAGGGCAUUUGUGGUGAGUGCGAUGUUGGGCAUCAUGUUUAGUUUUAUAGUGAUGAAGCUGAAUCUGACGACAGGGAUCAUCCCAUCGCUAAAUGUAGCUGCGGGUUUGUUAGGGUUUUUCAUGGUGAAGGCAUGGACAAAGGUGUUGGAGCAGUCUGGAAUGUUGAAGGAUGAUACGUUUACAAGGCAGGAGAACACCAUUAUUCAGACGUGUGUCGUUGCCACUUGUGGGAUUGCAUUUAGUGGUGGAUUUGGGAGUUAUCUAUUUGGAAUGAGUGAUACUGUUGCAGCACAAUCAUCUGAUGCUAACUCCCCUCAACGAGAUAUGAACGUGAAGAACCCGGGUUUAGGUUGGAUGAUCUGUUUUCUGUUGAUCGUUAGUUUCAUCGGCCUUUGCUCUGUCGUUCCUCUCAGAAAGAUCAUGAUCAUUGACUUCAAGCUCAUAUACCCCAGUGGAACUGCAACUGCUCACCUCAUUAACAGCUUCCACACUCCCCAGGGUGCCAAGCUUGCCAAGCAACAAGUGAGGGAAUUAGGGAGAUUCUUCUCUAUCAGCUUCUUAUGGAGUUUCUUUCAAUGGUUCUUCACCUCUGGGGAUCAUUGUGGCUUUCAGAGCUUCCCUGUUUUUGGACUCAAAGCUUACGAUAACAUGUUUUUCUUUGAUUUCUCAACUAUGUAUAUUGGGGUAGGGAUGAUCUGUCCAUACCUUAUAAAUAUCUCCUUGUUGCUUGGUACAUUCCUUUCAUGGGGGAUCCUGUGGCCCAUCAUCGAGACCAAAGAAGGCGACUGGUACGAAUCAGGUCUCGAGCCCGGUAACUUCCAUGGCAUCCAGGGUUACAGGGUUUUCACUGCCAUAGCCCUAAUCCUUGGAGAUGGACUCUACAACUUUUUGAAAGUACUCGGAAACACUUUCCACAAGUUAUAUAACCAGAUCCAGAACAAAAAAUCAUGUGCAGUUCUUCCCGUGGGACCCGAUGACAAGGAAAUCUCGUUCGAUGAUCAACGUAGAAAAGAGGUGUUUAUGAAGGAUCAGAUUCCAACAUGGUUGGCUGUGGUAGGGUAUCUGGGCAUAGCUGCAAUUGCCACAGUUACCCUCCCUCAAAUAUUCAAACCACUGAAAUGGUACCACGUGCUUUUGAUUUACGCAUUUGCCCCUGCAUUAGCGUUUUGUAAUGCGUAUGGGUGCGGGCUUACUGACUGGUCGUUGGCAUCUACUUACGGGAAAUUGGCGAUUUUUGUGAUCGGGGAAUGGGCUGGGAAGAUGCAGGGUGGUGUCUUAGCUGGGCUGGCUGCUUGUGGUGUGAUGUUGAAUAUUGUGUCAACGGCUUCGGACCUGAUCCAGGAUUUCAAGACGGGUUACAUGACCCUGGCUUCACCCCGGUCUAUGUUUGUGAGCCAAGUGAUUGGAACCGCAAUGGGGUGUGUGAUUGCUCCAUGUGUGUUCUGGAUCUACUACCAAGCUUUCCCGGAUCUCGGGGUUGCAGGGUCUGAAUACCCUGCUCCAACCGCCACCGUGUUUAGAAACCUUGCGAUUUUGGGGGUUGAAGGAUUCGGGUCGCUCCCAAAACACUGUUUGUCGCUUUGCUGCGGGUUUUUCUCAGUUGCGAUACUUAUAAACGUGGCCCGAGACAUUGCCCCCAAGAAGUGGGCCCGGUUCAUUCCGGUUCCAAUGGCUAUAGCCAUUCCUUUCUACAUGACUGGAUCCUCUGUCGCCAUUGAUAUGUGUCUCGGGAGUCUCAUACUUUUUAUAUGGGAGACCAAGAACAAAGCAGAUUCCGAGGCUUUUGGACCGGCGGUGGCUUCUGGUUUGAUAUGUGGUGAGGGGCUCUGGUCUGUGCCAAAGUCUAUAUUGGCUUUGGCCAAGGUCAGCCCCCCGAUUUGCAUGAAGUUCUUAUCUAAGGAUAUGAAUGAUAAUGUUGACUUGUUUAUAGAGACCAUAACUCGUUAGCACGCCUUCUCUUUUCAUUCAUUACACGUGUUCGUAUGUAUUCUUUUUGUUUUUAAAACCAUCUUUUGGUCGUUUUGAUUA